UUUGAUGCUCAACCUGUGCACAACAGCUUUCCAUCACGGUCAAUGUAGGAGACCCUCAUGUGCAUCGCGACCUGCCUCUCAGGUGUUUAAUACGCGAUGAUGCCUUCCGCACCGAUCGCUGUCAUUAGUGAUGCCUUGGGUUCAUGACCGGACAUAUAAGGGUCCCGUCGGGGACGGAGACCGGACUCUCGUUCUUUCCGUUCUGUCUGCUCCAGCUUCGUCUUUGGACGCAUAGACGCAUCUCUGUCCCGAUGCGUUAUUCCAUGUUUCUAUCGGCUGGCCUUCUGUUCGGCGUCCUCUCCCUUGCUUCAAAUCCGGUCCUCGGCUGCACUACUCAGUCCCAACCGAACCCCAUAUUCCAGCAAUAUCUUACUACGCCCACCGGGACGAACAAUGGCACCACGGUCAUAAUACCUAUCGACCUUGCACUGGCUCGGAGUAUAGUGCCUUCGCAAUACCCCAUCUUGACCCAAGCCUACCAGUCACUACUCCCAGAUUUUCCUCAGGAUAAGUAUCCGAUGUACCUGCACUCCAUCUUGGACCAUGAUAUCAGGGAGCUAGGUAUCAAUCUCGUUCCGGAUUUCACGCAAGCCGGUCUGCGCUUUCCCUUCGUCGACCGCCUGAACGACGGCACCAGCUCAUUCGUCUGGGAGCUGCCCCUCCUCCUUUCGGUGAACCUCGUCGCGGUCCUCGGCUCCAUCUCGGUCGACGAGACCCACGUCGGCUCCUUUGAGCCCUCAUGCGAUCCCUAUGCCGCUGGGUCCGCCGCAGGAGAGACGUACUUUAGGGCGUGGAACGGCGUCGACCAGCUGCUGGGCAAGCAGCCCAGCUUCGCGGGCAACUUCACGCGUGUCGACAGCCAGCCAUAUCCCAUCGGAUUCUACAAAAACAUCACCAACCAGCCCCUCUUCGGCAGCGUCAGCACGACCACCUGCGACAACUUCAUCACGCUGUUCAACAGCUCCGUCACCGCCGCGCCGUUCGCGCCGGUGCCGGUGAAGGGCACGCUCACGGUCCUCCCGCCGUUUUUCCCGACGGCGACGACGUUCACGGACGUGUUCGGGCUCCAGAUGGACAACGCUUUCGUGGAGCACACCGGCGUCGAGUGCAGCGCGUUGAAGGGGUAUUCGGGCACGGGACCCGGCGACUGAUAGUCCUGUUAUGUAAUAGGUACUACGAUAGCAUCUUCCGCAAUAAUCACUGCGUCUCAGACUCC